GCGGAUGUACGCACAUCGUAAAUCAAAAUUUCGCCAAGUUGUCGAGGCUAUAAAUCAUUCUGCGUGUUUUGCGGCGUGUUCUUAACGAAUUAACCGAAGAACGCCGGAAGUGAUUUUAAUGAACUUUUUGAAAAUUUCUGCUAGUUUCUAAAGUAUAUUUGCAAUUUUCAAGUUUGCAAUGGAUUCAUUCAAAAUGGGUGCCGUAUUUUUGCUAAUCAUCACAAUGGUCAACUCGGCAAUCAUUCGACCGCACGUUGAAGCAGCGCGUGGAAUGCCCCCACGUAUGCGCAAUGUUGAGACCAAAUUCCGUAUCCCGCUGGGUCAGAAACAGUUCAGGCUGGUGUGUCCCAUAAUUGCGACUGAGAAGGACAGUACAAUGAUUCAAUGGUCUAAAAAUGGAGAGCAGCUCGACUGGGACAGUCAAUACAAACUUUCCAAGGAUAGCAAGGAGCUGAAAAUGAAAUCUGUAAAAUUUGAAGAUAGUGGACGCUACCAGUGUCAAGCUACAAAUGGAUUUGGGCAUAAAACAAUUGAAUUUAUUGUUCAUGUGCAUGAUCAACACGAUAAAGAAAACUCUGUAAAGGAUUAUCUUGUACUUUCAAAUACAACGGCCAGUCCAAGUUGGUUGAUUGACAUGAACUCGGAAUGGAGAUCGCCUAUCAAGAUCAACACGGGAGGGAAACUUGAGUUGCGCUGUCCGGCGCAAGGAAACCCGUUGCCUGAGAUUCGAUGGUAUCAGAACGAAAUGGAAAUAAGCGAGAAAACUCACAAACAUGUGUCUACAAUCACAGUUGAGCCCGUCGAGAGCUCUCACAGUGGAGUUUACCGGUGCGUUGUCGAAAAUCCAUUGGGUUCUUUAUCAUUUGCAUUCGAUGUAUCAGUAGGCGAUUUCUUUGAUCCAACAACAACAGAAGCUACAGAAUACCAAGAAACCGCGAUGGAGCCUGUCAUUGACCAACCGUAUAAUAUUAGUGUCUAUGCAGGGCACACUGCACAGUUCCAGUGCAAAGUCAAGUCAAAUGAGAACACGAUUAUUAAAUGGCUGAAAGAAGUUUCUGAUCCACUUUCUAUCCGUCGAAAAGAUCCCAAUUCUACCGUAAUUCAUGUAAAUGGAAUGAACCUGUUGGUGCUAGAUCAUAUUCAAACAGAGUCUUCACUACCACAAGAAGACAUGGACAAUAUCUAUACAAAUAGACUAACUAUUCACAAAGUUGAUUAUCAUCAUGCUGGAAAAUACAUUUGCGUCGUGACAAGUGCUCAGGGUCAAAUUGUUUACAAGUCUGCUGAGCUGAAAGUUCUCUCUGCAUACGACUUCACCUUCCCGUUCAAAUCGGACGGUUUCCUUGUACUACUUGCAGUAGUUGUCACUUUAUUCAUUUUUGUUGUCAUACUGGCAAUCAUCUGGCUCAAAAAGAAUCAGGAGUCGACGUCAGGCAAAGAUCUGAAGCCGCCACCACCACCUCGAAUGCCACCACCAGCUGCUCCGCAGGAUAAUGAUUGGUCCAGUGACAGAACGCUACACUCAUCAAAGCCUCUCCUUUUGCACAAUUCAAUGUUUAAACACACAAAUCCGAUCAAAUUUCAUGCAGCAACAAUGGACAGAAAGAAUAUGAUAAGAGCUGAGAGACGAUUCGAUGAAGUUUCGAACGUCUACGACAACAGUACACUCCAGCCAUACCAUAUUCAACAAAGAAACAAUAAUUCGAUAUACAAUGGUGGCUACCGGACACUUGAAGUUUACAACCAUCGGAAUUAUCCAACAUCAGAAGAAUACACCGAUCAGGAUAUGUUUUAUUAUAAGUAGCGAAGUCUAUAAUUUUGCAUUAGCGUCUCUCAUGUCAACUCGGGUCUUCUUACAUUUUUGCCUCACUUUCCUUCACAGAGCUCUAUUUAUUUUCUGAUGAAAACGGGUUUAUGUCAUUCAUUUGGUUAUAAGCAUCUUGAACUUUUUCUAAGAAUAGAUCUUUCAAGUUGUAUCAUUUCAGUCAAGUGUAUUUUACUUAUUGCAAUUUGUCACCGGUUUUCUCACAUCUCCGAGCUCGUGUUUGUUUUUCAGUGUCACAAAACGUUACCAAAUGAGCUUAACAACUGAAUAAAAUGUUUCAUCCUAUUUUU